AUGGCCCCCUCAACCUCAACCCUCGCCCCCAUAAAGGUCUGGGGCAAAGGCGGCCCCAACCCGCCGCGGGUCGCCAUCCUCCUCGCCGAACUCGGCCUCCCGCACGAGAUCAUCCCCCUCCCCCUCACGCAAGUCAAAGACCCCGCCUACGUGGCCAUCAACCCGAACGGCCGGCUCCCGGCGAUCCAGGACCCGAACAACGGCGACCUGAUCGUCUGGGAAUCCGGCGCGAUCGUCGAGUACCUCAUCGCCCGCUACGACACCGCCCACAAGCUCAGCUUCGCGCCCGGCACGCCCGAGGCGGCGCACGCCACGCAGUGGCUCUUCUUCCAGGCCUCGGGCCAGGGGCCGUACUACGGGCAGGCGGUGUGGUUCAAGAAGUUCCAUCCCGAGCCGCUGCCGAGCGCGCUGGAGCGAUACGUCAAGGAGAUCAAUCGGGUGACCGCGGUGGUGGAGGGGCAUCUGAAGCGGGAGAAGGAAAAGCACGCCGGAGGGGAUGGGCCGUGGCUCGUGGGCGGGCGGUGCUCGUUCGCCGAUCUGGCCUGGAUCUCGUGGCAGGUAACUGUGGCUUUGGCGAUUACGCCCGAGGAUGGGUAUACGCUCGAGGAUUACCCGCUGGUCAAGGAGUGGUUGGGGCGGUUGAUGGCCCGGCCCGGGGUGAAGAAGGGGAUGGAGGGUCUUUAUCCGGGUGCUUAG